GUUUGGUUGAGUGCCUACAAUGCUAAAGUGUUACGGUUGUUACAAACGAAACGAUUAACUGGUCGUCACUGUUAUUGCUUACACGGUGUUCAUUAAUUAACACAGGUAACUUCUUCUGUUCGAUAUAAACUCGGAGUGAUGUUAUUGACACAGAAGCUACGAUUGUUUGUAAAACAACAGAGUCGGUAUCAUCGUACGUCUGACGUCACUGGGAAAUUACGAGUGACGUUGAACUUCGCACGUGUUAGCGAGUGAAUUGAUGACCUAUUAAUUGUACAAAGGUUUCUGAACGAUCCAAAUGGGACGUAAACCUUACAAGAAGAGAUCUUAAGUGGAUUUUUAACAGAAUCAUAAAAUGCAAUUGAUAAGAUGCUGCAGCAUGUAAAUAAUUGUCAGGAAGUUCUAAAUGUAGAUAAAUGUAACCAAUAUCCAGUAAUACUGAAGAAAUGUACAGACGUUCACAUUGGUACGAAAAUAGAAAUCCAUUCAGAACCACCGAAAACAAGUUACUUAAAGAAAAAAAAUGAAGAAGAAAAUGAAAUUUAUGUCAACUACUGCAAGAAGUUGAAAAACAAAUACAAGACAUACUUUGCUUACAUGAGAUCCUUCUUGUGGGAAGGAAAGAGGAACGACUUUCCAUUAAAGGAUUACUUCGUAGAAUUGACAAUAGAAAAGGCAGAUUUAUUCGGUAAGAAAAGCGGAGAUAAAGUAAAUCUGUGUGAAAUAUUUUCUAACCAGGUCGACGAACAUCAAACUAUUUUGGUGACAGGACAUCCCGGUUAUGGAAAGACCACUCUGUGCAGGAAAAUUGCAUACGAUUGGGCAUCCACGGAUUACUUGCAACGUUUUGACUUAACGGCAUGUAUUAUUUUAACAGUUAGGCGAUAGAAGUGUAAAAGAAGCAUUAUUCGAUAACUUGCACGAGAACUCGUCAUUUGAUAAAGAUUGGAAAUUACAUUUUAGGCAAUUGAACAUUUUGGUGAUUUUGGAUGGGUUCGAUGAGAUUGAACAGAAAAAUAAAGUUAUAGAAUUUAUAAGGGAGGAAUCUUUCGAUGUUUCUAAUGGAAUGGCGAUUGUGGUAACGAGUCGACCUCACGCAGCGGAAGAGAUCAGAGAGGACAUGAAGAUGAGAUUUACGGUAGAAGGGUUUUCUCCAGAACACCAGAAAAAAAUAUAUUGAGUUAAUGUUUAGAGAAGACGAGAAUAAAGCGAGAAGUCUUGUUGAAAAAAUGGAGGAAGAUGAGUUCUACAAAGAAAUAGCUGAAUGUCCUCUAAUGCUGCAUAUGUUGUGUUGCCUUCAUCAGGUUGGAGAAAUAGAAAAUGUUGAAACGAUGACUGAUUUAUACAUUCGAAUAUUCUCACUCAUAACUGAUCGUUAUGUUAGAAAAACAAAUCAAAACGGCAAAUUAUAAAGAGGAAAAU